AUGACCGGCACAUCCGAACAUACAUCAGCAUUGUCUCGAGAUCCUGCUGCUGUCAAUACGAGUUCAUCCUCACCCUCGUCGGAACAGCAUCCGCUUCACACUUCGCCCAUUGCAGCUGCAAAAUCAUCGACUGCAUCAGCAUCGCCUUUGCCGACGAUUGACACCGACCCUGCAAGGUUACCUAGCAACGAUCCCCUCAAGCAGCAUCUCAGCACAGCCGUAGCCGAAGCAAGGGCGGCCGAGGUCGGAUCCAAGCAGAAAGAGUAUCAGCGCAAAGCCAGCCAUCUCUCCCUUGCAGCAAAGCCCGUUCCUUACGCUCGUCCCGGAGACUCUGCCAGCUUCCAGGCGGUGCUCACAGACUUUGAACGUCUGCUCCGUUCGCUUCCCAUCCCCCUCCAUCGCCUCGUGCCUACCAUCGUCGCAAGAGUCAUCUGCCGCGUCUUUCGUUCCCAAAACAUCAUGGCGUCCAACAUCGCUUUCGACAUUGCGCUAUUCUUUUGGCGCAUUAUCAUCAACCUCUUCUUCCGCGAGAUCCGUCCACGCUCGGCAUGGCGCAUCCCACGCGAAGGGCCCGUCAUCUUUGUGGCGGCGCCGCACCACAACCAAUUUCUCGAUCCGCUCCUCCUCGCUUCCGAGGUGCGUCGUGCCUCGGGACGUAGGGUCGCCUUCCUCAUUGCAGAGAAGAGCAUCAAGCGUCGCUUCGUUGGCGCCGCUGCCCGCAUCAUGCAGUCAAUUCCCGUCGCCAGAGCCGCCGACUCAGCCAAACCAGGCAAAGGCUUCAUCUCCCUCCAUCCCACGGGCGAUCUGCUCUUGCAAGGACACGGAACCGCCUUCAAGACGCAAUUACAUGCCAAAGGCCAGAUCAUGCUUCCGAAGGCCUGCGGAAAUGCCACGGUCGAAGUCGUCGAGGUCAUCAGUGAUACCGAGGUCAGGAUCAAGAAGGAGUUCAAAGAUGCACGCGCGCUCGACAUGCUGCGCGGCAAGACGCCGCAGCCCGAAACCUCGAAAGGAGACAAGAAGCAGUCCAAAACUCCAAGCUCGAGGGCGUUGGAGAAGGCCGCAAACGAUGUGUCCGACGGCCAGGGUUGCAAGUACUCGUGUCUUCCUUUCGUCGACCAGACGCAGAUGUAUGCCAAGGUCUACGAGAAGCUCGCCGAGGGCGGUUGCCUCGGCAUCUUCCCCGAGGGCGGUAGUCACGACCGAACCGAUCUUUUACCCCUCAAAGCCGGCGUCGUCAUCAUGGCACUCGGUGCCAUGUCGGCCAACCGCGAUCUCAACGUGAGGAUCGUGCCCGUCGGUCUCUCGUACUUCCAUCCGCACAAGUUCCGUAGCCGUGCUGUCGUCGAGUUCGGCUCGCCCAUCGAUGUGCCUCGCGAACUUGUCGGCCUGUUCGACGAGGGUGGAGAGGGCAAGCGCAAAGCGGUCGGAGAGAUGAUGGGCAUUGUCUACGACGGCCUCAAGGGCGUCACGCUACGCGCCCCCGACUUUGAGACGCUCAUGGUCAUCCAGGCCGGUCGACGUCUCUACCGUGCCCCUGGACAAUCAGUCAGCUUGGGACAGACCGUCGAACUCAAUCGCAAGUUUAUCAUGGGCUACCUCCAAUUCAAGGACGAGCCACGCGUCGUCAAGCUACGGGAAGAGAUCCUUCGGUACAACAAGAAGCUCCGCUACGCAGGUUUGCGCGACCACCAGGUGGAGCGAGCAACUCGGGCAGGCUGGCGCAGCCUCGGCCUGCUGGCAUACCGCCUCGGCUUGCUCGGUCUGUGGGGUGGACUGGCGCUUCCGGGUGCCGUGCUCAACUCGCCCAUCAUCAUUCUCGCCAAAAUCAUCAGUCACAAGAAGGCUAAGGAGGCGUUGGCAGCGUCGCAGGUCAAAGUGGCCGGACGCGACGUGCUCGCCACUUGGAAGGUGCUUGUCUCGCUUGGUGUUGCGCCCGUUCUGUAUUCCUUCUACGCCGCUCUCGCUACCUACCUCGCUCACAAGUUGGAGCUCUCGCCGCGUACACGUCUCCUCAUGCCCUUGUACACGCUCAUCGUGCUGCCGACCAUGUCGUAUUCGGCGCUCAAAUUUGCCGAGGUGGGUAUCGACAUUUACAAGUCGCUUCCGCCGCUCUUCAUUUCGCUCAUCCCGGGCAACCACAAGGUGAUUGUUGACCUGCAGCAGACGCGAACCAAGAUCAGCGCCGACAUGCACGCGCUCAUCGACGAGCUCGCGCCGCAGGUCUGGGAGGACUUUGCCGAGCACCGCAUUUUGCCCAACGCUUCGGCGCCACCUCCUCGUCAACGUGAGGCGCUCGUCUGGAAGCAAAAGAAGUCGACGAGCGGGGCUACCAAUGAUGCUCUCAGUCACCCACUGCAGUGGAUGGACGAGCGUCUGUUUGGCUGGGGGCGCCGCCGUCGCUCUUCGACACGCCGAUCCAUGACGACGGAUGAGAUCAAGACACUGCGGGCCUCAAGUCUUGCACGCGAAGCCGCACGUGGCGAUGGCAAUGCGAUCGACGAAGAGGACGAAAAAGAGGAAGAGCGAUCACAAGAGGGCGACGGUGAAGCAUCGUGGGACGAUGCCUCGGAGGGGUCGAGCUUCACCGAGAGUGGCGAGGAGGAUGAAGGCGAUUAUGAGGCGGUAUUCUCGAUGCUGAACCCACAAACGCUAAUGAACGGGUUGCGCGGUGGAACCAAGAGCCCCGGCACGCCUGGUUCGGGUGGUGGCCGACGCAGAAGCACCCAUUCUCGCUCGCGAAGCGGAAGCCGCGGCAGCAUUGGUGGUGGUGCCAGCGGUGAAACGUUUGCCGAGAAGCGAAACAGGAGCAACCAGGAUCUGCGUGCGCUGUUGAGGGAGGGUGGCGCCAUGUCACCUUCGACAACGCGAACAGCAGGCAUCCUCGACGGCGACGGUGGCAAGGCAUCGCAGUCGAGCAGCAGGACAUCCGCGCUGCCCGCGAGUCUGGCGACCACGAGCAUCAACGGCAAUGGCAGUGGCAGCAGGACGACCGACGAGAAUGGCGCCACCACUACGACCACAACGCGCAGGAACCGCACCCACUCGCUUUCCGAGAACGUGCAUGUGGCCGAGCUCAAGAACGCAGGACCGGCUGCCAAGAGAUUGCCGUUCACCGCGGCAUCGCAGGCGUUUGAGAUGCAGCACGAGGGCAACGCCAAGCAAGCAGGAUUUCGCCCCAAGCUCGAGGAGAUGAAGAGUGCCGAACAUACGCCACCGGCAACGCCCAAGCACGAACCAAAGAAGGAUCCGGCGGUUGGAUCUCCGCUCAGUGGUGGAAAUGCGAGCGAGCAGUCGUGA